AUGGGAAGGUACGUCUGGCUACUCUGGAGCUGAGCUGUCUACUGUUGAAACGGUCGGUCCUCUCCUCUUCCUCCUCUUCCUCUCCUUCUCACUGCAUCAUCAAGGACGUACACCUGGCCUGUCUAGAGGGAGCCAGAGAAGAGAGUCUGCAUCUGCUACGACGCUUCUAUAAGGGGGAGGAGAUCUUCCUGGACAUGUUUGAAGACGAGUACAGGAGCAUGACGAGUAAGCCCCUGAACGUGGAGUAUCUGAUGAUGGAUGCAUCCGUGUUGCUUCCUCCUACUGGGACUCCUCUGACUGGGAUAGACUUCGUUAAGAGACUGCCCUGUGGAGGAGUAGAGAAGACCAGACGGGCCAUCCGUGUGUUCUUCAUGUUGAGAUCAUUAUCUCUUCAGCUGCAGGGAGAACCAGAGACACAGCUUCCUCUCACACGCUCUGAAGACCUCAUCAAGACUGACGAUGUUCUAGACCUAAAUAACAGCGAUCUGAUCGCCUGUUUGGUGGUGAGUAAGGAGGGCGGUCAGGCCCAAAGGUUCCUGGCGGUGGACGUGUACCAGAUGAGCCUGGUGGAACCAGAAACCAAACGGCUGGGCUGGGGAGUGGUCAAGUUCGCUGGCCUGCUACAGGACAUGCAGGUGUCUGGUGUAGAGGAUGACAGCAGAGCGUUGAAUAUCAUCAUCCACAAGCCCUCGUCCAACCCCCACGCCAAGCCCCUCCCCAUCCUGCAGGCUAACUUCAUAUUCGCCGACCACAUCCGCUGCAUAAUCGCUAAGCAACGCCUGGCCAAGGGAAGGAUACAGGCCAGACGCAUGAAGACACAGAGGAUAGCAGCAUUACUAGACCUGCCUGUCCAGCCCAAUUCGUCAGAGGUCCUGGGGUUCGGCCAGACAGGAAACACUGCCGCCGGCGGUCAACUCCCUUUCCGCUUCUACGACCAAUCACGUCGAGCGCCGAACGACCCCACCUCACAGAGAUCUGUGUUCGCCUCCGUUGACAAGGUCCCAGGGUUUGCGGUGGCCCACUGUGUAUCGCAGCACAGCCCCUCCCCCCUCUCGUCCCCAUCCCCUCCCUCCUCAGGCAGCGGCAGCACCGGACGAUGUGACUCUGUUACAGCCAGCACUAUAUCAGCUAACAGCCCGACAGAUGACGAGACGUUCUUGGAGCACACUCCUCCUUCGUCCUCCGGUGGAGAGGGGAGGAGGAGGAGGGGAGUUAACCGGGUCUUAUCCCUCCGUCCCACCCGUCCCAGCCCUGGCCCCCCAGCCUCACCCCCUGCCUCCCAGCCGAACAUCUCUCUGCUGACGGACGACAACACAGACUCUCUGAGCGUAGAGUCGCUGACCCUGCUACCCCCAUCUGACCCGCCACACCUACACACGCUCAGCUCUCACACACACCUCGGCACUGAUAUGGCUAUCAAAGAGGAGGAGGAGGAGGAGGAGGAGGAAGAGUUAGAUGAGGGCGUGGAAAAGGAAGAAGGGAAGCAGCCAAAGGAGGAAGUGGAAGGGGCGGCGAUGGAGGAAGAGGAGGCGGAGACUGAAACAGAAAAACAAUUCGAGAACGGCUGGAAGCAGAGGCGGGAACGCCACUGA